AUGUCUGCCACCAUCGCUAGCCUGCGCGAGAGCCUCUGCUCCGAGACGACCCCACUGCCCAUCCGGUUCCGCGCCCUCUUCUCGCUCAAGCACCUUGCCGUCCAGAACAAGGGCACCGCCGAGUCUCUUUCGGCCAUCGAGGCCAUUGCCGCCGCCUUCUCUUCCCCCUCGGCCCUCCUCAAGCACGAGCUGGCCUACUGCCUCGGACAGACUGGCAACGAUGCGGCUAUCCCCUACCUUACGCAGGUGCUCGAGGACCUGCAGGAGGACCCCAUGUGCAGACACGAGGCCGCCGAGGCGCUGGGUGCGCUGGGCAACGCCGACAGCUUGAACGUGCUCCAGAAGUACCUCACCCGCGAGGGCGAGGACGUUUCUGUUAAGGAGACGUGCGAGAUCGCUAUCGAGAGGAUAGAGUGGGAGAACUCGGAGCAGAGGAAGCAGGAGAAGCUGCGCCAAAGGUAA